AUGUCUAUUGCUCGAAAGUGUAGUCUUCCCGUCCGGCAACCCGUCACCGGCUCCAAUAUUUUACCUGCAGACGGCAGACCGAUUGAAGUCUCCGAAGAGAAGUCGGACGAGUACGCGCUUCGUGCUUUUUUCUACGAAUACAAUCUUGUCUCAUCCCAUCAGGCUACUUCUCGGGGUUUCCUUCGUGGUCUUGAGCGGGCUUUCUAUCGACAUGGGCCUCACUCCAAUCUGGCGCGGGCAUGUAGGUUGGUCGCGUCGGCCACUUAUGGUAUCAAACUUUGUCGUCCAUUUUUUCUUCGUCAAGCGGAUCAAAUGUAUCACGAUCUGCUGUCAUCACUUGCAAUUUCUAUCGAUGACUUAACCUCGGUAUCAAUGAGGGAUGAGUCGAUAUUGGUGGCCAUACUUCUAGGUCUCUAUGAGAUCAUAAUUACAGACGAGUCUUGUCCGGGUUAUCACAAUGCACAUGCAGCCGGCGUAGCCGCAAUGCUAAGGGUUAAGAAUACCCCGCUAGACCUCCUGCAAGCUCUUCGAAAUGACCAGUCAUUCGUCUCCAAGCGGUUAUUACAGACUAAUACCCGCGGCUUAUUUGCAAUUCCACAGGCGAAUGGUGAUGAGACACCCUUAGAUAAUCUACUUUUCCAACUUGGAACUCUAUGGAAACGCACAACCCAAUUGGAUAUUUUACCACAUAAUGUUCUCUCAACCCUGAGGAGCGAAGCAUUAUACCUUGAUGAGAGCUUUUCUCUGUGGGAAAACACACAAAAUAAAUACUUUCGACCCAGUACCAUUUAUUGCAUGUCUAGCAACGAAAAGUCUGAUUAUACUUCGAUCGACGUGGGGUACUGGCCAGGUAACAUCGAUACAUAUGUGGACCAUUACAUUGCCGGCGUGUGGAAUACUUACCGUGCAGCGAGAUUGGUCUUGCUGGACAUUAUUCUCAAGCUAUCGCAUGCACUAAAAUGUGGAACGUCCCACGAUGCAGAGCAUAAGUCUGCUCAGCAACUAGUGAAGAGCAUCCUAGCGUCUAUUCCGUAUAGCUUAACAGAGGAUCUGCACAUCUUUCUCCGUGAUAUAGAAAUAAAUCAGUCGAUUGCCAAUCCAGGGAGAGCAGCUUGCGGCUUACUACUCAUGCAUACAAUCCAUGUCACCGCAAAUCUUUCCAUUGUCGACCCUGCCGUCAGAACUUACUUGAAUGAAUGCCUGAUCUGGAUAGGGAAACAUAUGGGCAUAGGGCAGGCGGCUUAUCUAGCUACGAAUGCCGAGGUAGACCCGGAAUACUUCGCGGGAAGCUGUAUGAUUGUUUUAUUUGGACUACUUGUUUGA